AUGGCAGAAAAAAGAAACCUAAUAGCAGUAAUUGCAGAUGAAGAUACUACUACCGGGUUAUUGUUAGCAGGGAUAGGUCAAAUUACACCAGAAACACAAGAAAAAAACUUCUUCGUAUAUCAUGAAGGAAAGAGCUCUAAAGAAGAAAUCUUAAAGGCUUUCCAAGACUUCACUGAAACAAGAGAUGAUAUCGCUAUUCUAUUGAUCAAUCAACACAUUGCGGAACAUAUUAGAAAUUCAGUUGAUAAUUAUACAAAUGCUUUCCCUGCCAUCUUAGAAAUCCCAUCCAAAGAUCAUCCUUAUGAUCCAGAAAAGGAUAGUGUUUUGAAAAGAGUUAGAAGGUUAUUUGGGGAAUGA